CGGUGUGGGUGGCGGGAGAUUGGUCCUCCCCCCUCUCGCGUACUCACCUCCAUGUUUUGUUGUCAAUUUUAAUAAGUAAAAAAAACAAAAAAAAAACAUAUCUGCUGAUUUUAAUGAGCAGUUGGGCGCUGAUAAUCAUAUUAAGUUAAGAAAACUAAAAACUGUGGAGUUUCUUUUGAUAGGCGAAGUUAUCGGCCAGUAUUUAUUGUUAUUAUUUUUAUUUUUUUAAGUUUUGUAAGAAAAAGUCCAAAACAAAUUAUGAAGCGAAGAAGUUGUGAUCAUCCGCCUGCUACAAACGACGCAGUGGCGGGUGUGGGCCCCUCCCUCUCUCUGGCUGCGCUGCGGCUCUUGGCCCCGCCCAUCAGGCUGGUUUCCGCGGCGACGUGGCGCGUGGUGAGCCGCCGGGAAGCCAGGCAUUAUGGGAAGGUGGUGGAGUUUGUGGAGAUGGUGUCCGAGGUCGCGCCGGAGAUUUUAAACUACAGACAUCGAGCCAAGAUCACCCUGGGAUUACGAGCGAAGAUAAUCAUGGAGAUGUUGGAGCGCCGGUCGCCGCCAGUGCAGAUUCUAGCACAACUGGAAAAGUUUGUCUGUCCAGCUUCACCAAAAAACACGCAGCCGAGACAGCGAGACAUCAUUAAGGUUCAAAAAUCUGUGGAGAAUUUCAGAAGCCUCGUUCAGUCUCUGUUAAAAGAAGAACGACUCAGAAAUCAGUACCUUCAGGAGACUCUCUCACUGGAAUACGGGGAUGAUUUUCUCUCUGCGCUGGAGAAACUGUUCUGGGAGUUCUUACUGCGAUUGGAUCAAAUCUUAUCCAGCCUCGAUUUCAAACAGAUUGUGUCUGCUGUAAAUGGCGCCCCCUGUGUUUUGGAGGAAUUACUGCAGCAAUGCUCGGACCCGCAGCCAAUACAAGCACUUCUGCAGUACCACAGAGAGAUGGGCCGUCUAGACCCUGCCCACCAGGAGUCAGAAGCGAGCUGGGACUUAGAUUCUGUACUCUGCACAUUACAGAACUCCCCAAAUGCAUUGCAGGCUUUAACUCUGAGAUCUGCCCAGCAACAGCACAGCCAGUCGGAAAAGGGGAGCAAAUACAGUGCGGAAAAACGCACCAGAAGGGCCAAUCAGCAGACGGAAGGGGCAGGGCCAGCAGAGAAAGACACACCUACUGUGAGGAGAGAGGGUGGGGAGACAGGAAAGGGUAAAGAGAGGACUGGUAGAGACAAAGGGGAGGGGCCUGUGUGUAAAGACACGCCCUCAAAGAAAAAAGGGGAUGGGCUUCAGCUAGGUGGUAAAGGGGAGGGACUUAGUUACAUUAAAAGAACUCUCAGACAUAGACAGCUUCCUUUAAGUGGAAAAGGGGAUGAAGAGAAAGACACGCCCCACAAAGGAAAAGAGGAGGGGGCUGGCAGACAGGAAGAGGAGGGACAGGAAGUGAGGUCGGUGCCGUGCAGCUUGUUUUAUAAGUCGCGUAAGAGGGUCAGACGCAGUUCGAAUUCCGAAGUCGAGGAUUCCGGUUUGCAUUCUGAGUUGGCCUCCGAGGGUUCCGGAACCCGGCGGAAUUCCGAACGCCAAUCCCAGCAUUUGCGAAGGAGCUCCCGGAAUUCUUCGGAGAAUGGUUCCCAGAUUUGCUGGACUCCGGAAAAAAGUGUCCGGUAUUCCAACACGAGGGAGCGAAAUUCCCGGGACUCGGGAGAGCGGGAAAGCCCCCAGUCUCUCCGCUCCCGCGUCACCGCUUCCUGCCACCAGAGGAAGCUCACCGUCGUGAUUCGCCGGCUGGAUUUCCAAGCCCCGCCCCGUCCUGGCGUCUCCCAGCAGGAAGUGAGGAAGGAAGGGCAGGAAGCAGAAUUGCCCGAGCUGUUGAACCCGAAGAGGAGGAAGCGGGUCGAUGACCUCAUGACCCCCGGCAGGACCCGCCCCACGAUGACGUCACCCGGGGAAACAGGAAGUGCCGACGAGAAAGAAAACCGUUUCGACUUUGUCGGCGCGACAGGAAGUGCGCCGCUGGUACUGUCCCCCCGGCAACACGAACCAUUUCUGAGUCUCACGCCAUUGGAUGCAGGCGAUGAUGUCAUCCUAGAUUCCGAGGAUGAAGAGACCAAGUCUUUCAAAGGCCGGCUCUUCCUGAAGAAAUACUACCGGACGAAGUACAACACCUUCAUCCCCACGCUGAGAGAGUUCCUGAGACCAGUCAAGCACGUCUCCCUCCCCCGGGAAGAGAUCAGCGCUGCCAGGCUACGGACAGACGGAGAUUCAUUCUGAAAAUUGAAAACAAAUUCUCGACUCUCCUUGGAGGCUGUUUUUUUUUUAUUAUUAUUAAUAAAAUGAUUUUAUUUUAGAAGUUCUCUGAAAUAUCAGAGACAGUUCUGUUUUUCAUUUCCAGUUUUAAAAUCCACUCCCUCGAAGGAACUGGAAUCGCUGUUUUUUUUUUAGAUGUAUUAAUAAUCGCUGAGAUCGUUAGUUUGAAGCCCAUGUAAUUGACCGACAAACAAACCAAAAACGCGUCUUCUUCAGUGGAAGUAAUUUCCUGUCGCCUUGAGAAGCUCAUUUUAACUGAACGCUGCCCGGCGCAGUUUUUGAUGUCACUGCUGUGUUGGUAUUCAUCAAAUGUGAAUUGAUAAGCAAGUACUUAAAUCUGAACAGUUUCUAUUAUCAAUCUGAACACCAGCCUACAAAACCAAAACUAAAAAACUACAUUUCCCACAAUGCACCUGCUCAGUCCCUCCCCCCUUCCCCCCCUCCUCCCCCCCAAUCCUUGACGAAUAUCUAUUAACUGGAUCCAUAACUCCAAAUCCUAAACUAAAAGAAACCGAGAAAGUCGAGCAGCAGGCCAGUGAUUCAAUGUCUUCGAAUCGCAGGGCUGGGAAUCAGACUCCUGUUGCAUUUCAGUGUGAUCCAUUCCAGGUUUUACUACCAGCCCCCAGUGUGUCUAGCUAACAAGCUCAGGUGUGUCUUUCACCCCAGUUUAGCAUGCCCAAUUAUUAUCUGUAUCCCCGGCUCACCGCUCGCAACCCCCCCCGUCGACUCGGGAAACGGAGGCUGGAACACGCGUCCUCCGAAACGUGCUCCUUCCAAGCCGUCAUUUUUCGCACUGCAGAUCCACAGCAAUGCCACCAGACCUAUAGUGCCGGAGGACAACACAGAUCUGGCGGCUCCGCUGCAGAGCCACAGGCGCCCUAUCGGCCACAGGGGUCGCUGAUGCGCGGUGAGCCGUGGAUUCCCCUGCCGACCUAAGCCCUCCCUACCCGGGCAGCGCUCAGCCAAUUGUGCGCCGCCCCCCAGGAACUCUCUGUGACAUAGCCUGGACUCGAACCUGCGAUCUCCAGGCUAUAGGGCACAUCCUGCGAGGAGCGCCUUUACUGGAAGCUCAUUUUAACUGAACGCUGCCAGGCGCAAUUUUAUCAUCAGCGGUGAUGUAGGGACUGAUGAAAAACUAACGGGAAUUGGAAAUGCAUUUUAAAUUGAUAAUUAUAUUGUCUUUUUUUAAUUUAUAAAGUUUCCUGAUUUCUACAGUAAAGCUGAUAAUUCUCACAAAAUAAGUCCCGCAGUCUCAGAUGUGUAAUUUUGAGAGAGAAACGCAAUGCUAGACCACACAUUACCAUUGGACAACACGCUGGGUACUACACUCAGUUCUCAGUUUGCUUGCCUUCCCUUCACAGGAAGUCUAGGUCGCUGUGUGAAAGCGCGUCACUCAACAGGGGAGGCAGCUGAUUGGUUGCUGAAGGGGUGGGGACCGGGCCCCCCAGGAAGUGCAAGGGAGCACAGCUUGUGCAAACUGAGAGCUUUCUUUAGCCCUGUGUAAUAGCAGAUCUGUUUCAAAAGCUCGCUUUUACUGUUAACAGAAAAUGAUUUGUGUUUUUGUAAGAUUGUUUUUAAUGAUAUAUAUUUGUCCUUUUUACCAUCAAUUUUAUUUGUGCAUUAUUAUUAUGAUGAUUAUUAUUAUUAGUAGUAGUAUUUCUAUGAAAUUUAAGACUCAUGUAAUUUAUGUAGUAGCAUGUAGUAAUAAUAAUACUAGACUUCAUUGAGGGGAGCUCUGAACCCCAGGACUGGGUGCAGCAGCAGCAGCAGCAGGGCUAGUGUGAGUUUGUAACCCUGCUCAAACUCCUGGCUCCUGAUCAUUUCAAUAUUAAUAAUAAUAAUACUAGACUUCAUUGAGGGGAGCUCUGAACCCCAGGACUGGGUGCAGCAGCAGCAGCAGCAGCAGGGCUAGUGUGAGUUUGUAACCGUGCUCAAACUCCUGGCUCCUGAUCAUUUCAAUAUUAAUAAUAAUAAUACUAAACUUCAUUGAGGGGGGCUCUGAACCCCAGGACUGGGUGCAGCAGCAGCAGCAGCAGCAGGGCUAGUGUGAGUUUGUAACCCUGCUCAAACUCCUGGCUCCUGAUCAUUUCAAUAUUAAUAAUAAUAAUAAUACUAGACUUCAUUGAGGGGAGCUCUGAACCCCAGGACUGGGUGCAGCAGCAGCAGCAGCAGGGCUAGUGUGAGUUUGUAACCGUGCUCAAACUCCUGGCUCCUGAUCAUUUCAAUAUUAAUAAUAAUAAUACUAGACUUCAUUGAGGGGAGCUCUGAACCCCAGGACUGGGUGCAGCAGCAGCAGCAGCAGGGCUAGUGUGAGUUUGUAACUCUGCUCAAACUCCUGGCUCCUGAUCAUGUCAGUAAUCCACACGUCGUCUGGCUGCGGGCUGCUGGUUUGAAAGGCAGGGCUGUGUGGAUGUGCUUGAGAGAGGCAGCUGCAGUGUGACUGUCAGAAACCAGCGCUGACACGCCCUGCAGGGGAUUGUGAUGUCACGCUGCAGAGAGCGCGCCACUGGCUGAGGCAGAGUGACAUCACAAUGGCCUGUAACGCUGCUGCAGAGUGACAUCACAGAGGCCUGGAACGCUGCAGCAGAGUGACAUCACAGUGGCCUGGAACGCUGCUGUAGAGUGACAUCACAGUGCCUCCUUUACCCCUUUCAGAGAAUUAAAAUCGUGUUUUGUAUAUUUUAUAGAAAGCUACGUGUGUGAGGGGUGAAGGAACUUCUAUAUUUUUGUCUGUUAAUUUUCAAACUACCUAUUUUUAUGAAGAACUGACAAAGGCUUAUUAUAAUAAAUGUAUUAAGAUAUAUUUAAAAAAUGUUGGUGUCUUUUUUCUUAUUUAUUUUUUAAUGUUAUGUCUCCUGCAUUUCCCCAGUAUUAAAUUAGUUUAAUAUCC